UUAGGUAUUCUUAAGCAGGUUAAAGAUUACAUUAAAGAAUGCAGUAAGUGCCAGGAAAAGCUAGAUCGCUCUAGAUCUCUGUCAGAUCCUUCUGAAAUGCUGGAGGAACUAGGACUGGAUACAAAAUCUCAUGAAGACAGUAAUGAAACAGAUGAUGAGUUGAGUAAUACAGCAUCAAUCCCAGCUGCAUCCCCAAAGCCUGUGAAGAAGAAGCCAAUAGCAAAGCAUGAACUUGUAUUUGUUGACAGUAAGGGCCUUGUGAAGCAGUCAUCUUCCAAACAUUGUCUGUCAGUCUUAAAUCAACUGAAUCAGCAGAGGCUUUCCAAUCAGUUCUGUGAUGUGACUCUGCUGAUUGAAGGAGAGGAGUACAAAGCUCACAAAUCUGUCUUGGCAGCCAGCAGCGAGUACUUCCGAGAGCUCUUCAUUGAAAAGGGAGCUGUCACUAGUCAUGAAGCUGUAGUGGAUCUGUCAGGGUUCUGCAAGUCCAGUUUCCUGCCUCUUUUGGAAUUUGCUUAUACUUCAGAACUAACCUUUGACUUCUGUAGUAUGGCAGAAGUCGCCAUGCUUGCCCGGCAUCUCUUCAUGUCGGAGGUCCUCGAAAUCUGUGAAAACGUGCACAAACAGAUGGAAGAGAAGCAAAUUACAGUGUACCAAAAGGGAGAUGUUCAAACAGUAGAAUCAACGCAAAAUUUAGCAGAGCAGACUGGAGUUGGGAUGCAGCCCAAGGACGGUGCUGAGCAACCUGAGCUCACAGCCAGUGAGGUGCCAGUAGCUGUGAAUGGAGCUCCUUCCUCUGCUGGGACAGAGGAGGCAGCAGCACCCCAGCCUGACCUCUCAUACCCAGAGCCUGCAGAGGCCACUCCAGAUGAUAUUUCAAAGCCUGUGGAGCAGUGUGAAACAACUGAAAAUUAUGUCAAGAUACAGCUGCUGGAGAGCAUUGAAAAUAGCACCGUGUCUGUCGCAGAGGCGGAGCCAUCGGCUGCAGAAGCCAUGGACACAGAAGGUCAAACGGAAACUGAGGGAGAUCAAAAUGAAAGUGUUAAAGCAAAUGUGGACAUGGCUUCCGAAGACUCCUCAGAAACACUCAAGCAGACACAUGGCAGUCAAAGUAAAGAACAGAGCAUCUCAGAUUUACAACCAGAAAGCCAAGAUAAUACUUUUAAAAGCAAGCUUCGCCAGCGUUCUGUUUCUGAAGGGGGAUAUAUCAGAUUGCAUAAAGGAAUUGAAAAGAAACUCCAAAAUAGAAAGACAAAUCCUAAAUCUGCAAUACAGCAGGUUGCCAUGAAGCUGGUACAACGAGGAAAAAGAAUGAAGCAGCCCAAAAGAGACACCACAGAAAAUAAUGAGAUAGAAGCUCAGCACAAAUGCACUGAGUGUGGAAUGGUGUUCCAGCGGCGCUAUGCACUUAUAAUGCACACGCUGAAACAUGAAAGAUCUAAAGAUUAUAAAUGCCCAUUGUGUAAGAAAGAAUUCCAGUAUGGUGCCUCGCUGCGAGCCCAUCUUGUCCGGCACACUCGGAAGACUGAAGUGAACACUGCAGCUUCCAGUGCAGAAGAGACAGGCACGUCUUCGGUGAAAGGGAGAACUAAACGGGAAUUUAUAUGUGAUAUAUGUGGGAGAACUCUACCUAAGCUCUAUUCUCUCAGAAUACAUAUGCUCAAACAUACAGGUGUAAAACCACAUGCAUGCAAGGUUUGUGGAAAGACCUUUACAUACAAGCGUGGAUUAAAAAUGCACUUAGCUCUCCAUGAAGUACAGAAACAGUUCAAGUGUGACUUGUGUGAAAAGUCUUUAAUCACAAAAAGAAGUCUUCAGGAACACAUGAGCAUUCAUACAGGAGAAUCCAAGUAUCUUUGCUCCAUCUGUGGAAAAUCUUUCAACAGGGCGUCGGGACUAAGUAAACAUAUAAAGAAACACCAGCCAAAGCCUGAAGUUCGUGGAUAUCAGUGUACUCAGUGUGAAAAGAGUUUCUAUGAAGCUCGAGAUCUUCGGCAGCAUAUGAACAAACAUUUAAGUGUGAAGCCAUUUCAGUGCCAGUUCUGUGGAAAAUGUUACAGCUGGAAGAAAGACUGGUAUUCUCAUGUCAAGUCUCAUUCUGUCACAGACCCUUAUAGGUGUAAUAUAUGUGGUAAGGAAUUUUAUGAGAAAGCUUUGUACAGAAGACAUGUAAAGAAAGCCACACACAGUAAAAAAGGAAGAGCAAAACAAAAUCUGGAACGAGUUUGUGAGCAGUGUGGAAGAAAAUUCACGCAACUCCGGGAAUACAGGAGACACAUGAACAAUCAUGAAGGUGUGAAGCCAUUUGAAUGUCUCACCUGCGGAGUAGCCUGGGCGGAUGCGCGUUCACUGAAGCGCCACGUGAGGACACAUACUGGGGAGCGACCGUAUGUCUGUCCGGUGUGCAGUGAGGCUUACAUAGACGCCCGAACGCUACGGAAGCACAUGACCAAGUUUCAUAGGGAUUACGUGCCCUGCAAAAUCAUGCUGGAAAAAGAUACUCUUCAGUUUCAUAACCAGGGGACACAGGUGGAGCACGCCAUCAGCAUUUUAGCAUCAGACAUGCAGGAACAAGAAGCAGAGAUCAGCGUUGGUGGUAGUGAAAUUGAGACUGUGGUAGUGACAGGAGAGAUGCUCGAAGCCAUCGAAGCAGUUGCAGCUACCGAAGAAUGUACAUCAGUCUCUACUCUGUCUGACCAAAGCAUCAUGCAGGUGGUAAAUUACGUAUUAGCACAACAGCAAGGACAGAAAAUGGCUGAAGCGACGCAGGGCAUCGAAACUGUAGAAGUGGAAGUGGCCCAUGUUACAAAGACAGACUGA